UCUCAGUAGGGUGCCCAGCCCAGAGUGUCCGCCCGAGUAUACGAUCUGCAGCGACCGAGACGGGUCAAGCCAGCAUUGCGGCCACAAGCAGGAGCGCCUCAUCUUCACGGAUCACGGUCAUUAUACAGCACAUAAAACAGCUAUAGUGAUGGAGAGACAAGAAGGACGUAUACUAAAGAGCCAGUUUCCAGAUGUCGAUGUGCCAGAAAUCUCGGUGAAUGAUUUCCUUGAGCAACAUUCCUGGUUGAACAAGCCACAGGACUCCAUAGCUGUGAUCGGGCGCAGUGUUGGACCACCUGAUGCUAGCAAGGAGUGGAGGUUGUCGUACAGAGAGCUGCGGGAGUCUGUAAGGAGAGUAGCUAGCGGUCUGGCCCGGCGCGGCCUCAGGAAAGGUGACGUCGUGUUUGUGUGCAGUUCUAACUGUCCAGAGUACGUGAUCACGAUGUUGGCAGUUUACUCGCUAGGGGCAGUCCUGACGUCUGCGAUUUCUGGAUCCUCUGUAGACGAGAUACUGUACAAGCUGGGAAUUGCGAAGUUCUGUGGCACUGUAAAGUUUUUAGUCGUAUCUAGUGACGAGCUGACAACUGCGAGGAAAUUGGUGGAGGUGACCCGCCCAGAGUGUCCGCCUGAGUAUACGAUCUGGAUCGACCGAGACGGGUCAAGCCAGCAUUGCGGCCACAAUCAGGAGCGCCUCAUCUUCACGGAUCACGCAAGUGUAGACAAAGAGUGUAUACCGUUUAACGAUCUGCUGGAAGACAGUGGCGACGCAUUUCCUAAAACAAACCGUGCUGAAUCCGGUGACCUAGCCGUCGUGCUAUAUUCCAGCGGAACAACUGGCCCGCCAAAAGGCAUACCUUGGACUCACAAACAACUCGUGGCUAACCUCUGUACUGUUUCCUGCGUAAACAUGAGACAAGAAGACGUAGUUCUGGUGUCAAGUCCUCAAGCUUUCGGAGGCGGCAUGUAUUUAACGCUACACAGUUUAGCUCAAGGGGCAGUAACCUUGUCCCUGCCUAAUCUCAGUAAUCCUGGGCAAUACAGUGCAGCAAUAAACAAAUACAAGGUCACCUAUACCUGCUGCCUCUCUCCACUGAUCGUCAGUCUGGUAAAGCAAGGUUACGAGCUGCCCACAUUACAACGCUGUGACGCGUCUGGGGGCAGCUGCAGCCCUGCAGUUAUCAGAGAAGCUAGAAUUACGCAUCCACACCUGAUCAUUAAUAGUAAGUUUUUCGGAAUGUCGGAAGUCGGAUCAGUCAUAGGCGCUCCGGCGGAAACGGAUCAGGAUCACGACACGAGAGGAUGUCUUCUUGGAAAACCUUUAGCAAACACACAGAUCAAGGUGGUGGACGCAAUCACUAAGAAGCUGCUGCCCCCUGGUGUAGCGGGAGAGAUGUGCGUCCAUAAUCCAUAUAAUGUACUGCGCGGCUACAUCAACAACCCUGAAGCGACGGCACGCGCCAUUGACAGCGACGGUUGGCUGCACACGGGAGACCUCGUGCAGUACGAUGACGAUGGCUUCAUAUACUACAUGGAUAGACUAAAGGAUAUCAUCCGAAUUGUACCUGACAAAUCCACGACGAUUCAGGUCUCGCCUUCAGAAAUGGAAAACAUCCUCAUGAGUCAUCCAGGAGUAGGAGACGUCGCUGUUACCGGCAUCCCAGAUCCAGACAACGAAGGAUACGAACUAAUCCGAGCUUUCGUCGUCCGUAAAACGGACACAUUAUCUGCAGAAGACCUUAUCGAGUUUGUGAAAGAGAAGACACCGAGAAAGUACGUCACAUUAACAGGAGGUGCUCGCUUCCUGAAAAACAUUCCGAAGAAUUUAACCGGUAAAAACAUGCGCAGCGAACUACAAGCUCAGGCUUACGAAUAACCAUUCAAGUAUGCAACCAAAUCAACUUCAUUAAUUCGUUGUUUUUAUCUUUUAAACUAAAUUCUUAGAAACAAAUAACACCACUCAAAAAUUAUAUGUGAUGUGCUUUUAUUAA